AUGUAUGAUAAUAAAGGUAAUGUGGAGUAUAUUCAUAAGCUCGUGUCUGUUACUUCAAAACCUGAUCCUCUACUCAAAUUUGAUGUCAUACUUGAUGAUCUUUCCUCUGGAAUUAAUAACAGCAGCACAGAUGAAGAGGUGUUCCAAUCUGUGAAGAAGGUUGGGGUUGCACUGUCGCAUGGCGAAAUUAACGAAACUGUCCAAAAUCAGCUGGUAGAAUUCUUAAAGAAAGUUGAACAGCAGCACAAUGACGUUUCCAUGGCAAUGUUCUCCGUUUUGUACCCUUUGUCUCAAAUGAAAGUGAAUGAUGUUAUUACGAGCAACUUGAGCUCUAUCACUAACAUUACGUAUCAGAGCAUACAGAAUGCUCCGGAGGAGGUUGCAAAGUCUGCUAGUAAUGCAAUGCUAUCUAUCAUGUGGAACGUAGUUGAAUCUAAUGCUGAAAUAUCGAAUGUUCAAACGGAAGUUCCGGAAUUGAAUCUUUACUUUAUAACAGAGUCUCCUGACAAAGCAUAUUACAAUAAAUGGGUGGAUUUUGAUAUCGAGGAAGAAUCGCAGACAAAGAAUGACACUACAAGAAGCAGUGAUGUAUGUUCAACCCUGCAAACGUUGCAAGAUUACGUUUCAAAAUAUCUGCAGAACGGGGCAGGUAUUGGAAAAGUCUCUUCUCUGGACCUCCCUAAUGUACAUUAUUCUAUCGGAAGGCUGACAGCUGCAAUCUUACUGUCUGGUAAUCAACUGGUUGGGAAAAAAUUUCUCAAGGUUCCCCCUCCUCAGUUCAUUGAUGUUUCAUUCACCGACACUUUGAGCAUUUCAUUUGUUAAAUUCACCAGAAAUCCAUGUAUUUUAACUGAAAACUCAGAUCGCAUAAAAAGUGUCGUUAUUGGACUCAAUAUUACUGAUUCCUCGAGUCCAAGUAAGAUUGUUGUUGAAGAUUUCGAGACACCUCUAGAUGUUCUCAUACCACUGAAAGGAGCACACUCACUCCGCGAAUUCAUUUACAAUCCAGAUUACAAUUGGCUAUAUCUACAGCUGGACAUUUUUACCAAGCAUCACUCUGUCCUGUUCCUCGAAAUUCUGACCACAAGAGCAACAACACUUUUGAUCAAACAUGGUAGUCUUCCAAAACUUUUAGACCAUGACUUUAGACUUGAAUUUCCCAAUUCAACAGCAGACAAAGUGAAGGAAGAAAAGCUGGAUGAUCUUGAAUUUUCGCCUCGUCAAAAUUCGAGCACAAACACCAUUCAAGUUCCUAUAAAACGUAACGGUACAUUCUUUAUCGGGGUGAGAGUUGACGGGACAAAAGUGAGGAGAUUCUGGUUACUUGCCUACGUGACAUCAUGUCUGAAGUGGACCGGUAUAGGUUGGUCAGUAAGCUCUGAUAAUGUGGGCAUUCUCUCUAACUCUACCACAACCCACUGCAAGUUCAAUGAGUUGUCCUUGUAUGCUGCUGAUUUGAGUUAUCCCGACUUAGCUGAAUUCAAGAAGCCUGUGCCUGAAGAGGAUGAGUCGUUCCGGGUUCUUGAUGCUCUCAAGAUAUGGCUUCCUCUAAUCGUGGUGUAUGGUUAUCUUCUUUUAACUUUCACUCUAAUCCUGCGGUUAUGUGAUCGGGACUUGAGAAGUAGUAAUCUACUACACUUGCUCUCUUCUGAAAGAACUGAGUACAGCUAUAAGAUAGAGGUAAGGACAGGACUCAGACCUAAAGCUGGGACCACUUCUCAAGUUUAUUUAGAAUUGCAUGGCUCCAAGGCCACCAGGAAAAUUAAGAUCAAACAGAAAAAUGGGGAACUCUUUGAAACCAACCAGACAUCUACGUUUCUGUUUUACUCGGAUAUCAAUGUCGGGAGUAUUGAUAGGAUCAACAUUUGGAUCGAUUACAGCGGAAACCGUCCUGACUGGUUUUUGGAGUCGGUAAGAAUUACAAACAGCAAAGAUCGUGUUUACAUGUUCAUCUACCACAACUGGAUUGGUUACGACAUAGAAAAAUACGUCUGCAGUAUUCCCAGGUUCCGUCCUUCUGAGAUGUCCUUGGUCAAGAGACUAACCACGUGUUGGACUGAAUGUCUGGUGAAUUAUCACACUGGACUCUCAAAUCUGUUCAAAGGAACUAGAAUCUUCCCUCUCAGGACCUAUCUGACCUCAUUGUUUGUGUUGAGGUGCCUGACCCUUCUUUGCCUUGUUGUGGUCACCUUUGAGGACUCUCUUGAUGAUCACAUAUCCUUGGCCGGUUCUUUGAAACUAACCCUCUUGUUAUUCUCAACUUACCCAGUUUUCUUUAUUCUGGAGAAAAGCCAAGAAAUUCUAUGCAAGAAUGAACGUUAUAAUUUUCUUGUCAAGAAGAUGUUGAAUAGACAUGAGAGCGAUUCAUCAAUUUUCAGUUUUGAUAUAGACAAAUAUUUUUGGGUAACUGCACCUGAAAAAGGGGGCAAAAAACAUGGAAAGUACAAUUCUCUUCAAAAUUCAGUUCAAUACUCUGAGCCCUCCCAAUGUUCCCUGGACGAAUAUUUUCGACUGACUGCAAAGGUUGAACCAGAGGAUUCAGUUAUGAAAAAUGGAAUAUUCGACCAUGGAUCUUUAAAACAAGCUAACGAGGAAACAUUAUUGGAAUAUCAAAGUGUAGGAUUAGGAGAUGCCAAAAGAAAAGUCAAGGUAGAUGACUACUUCAGGUUCUUCUGGGAUGAUGCCAGUUCAGUCGGUAGCAGUGAUACAAUGUCUUCACUUAAUUUCAAUGUGUCCUUGAAACCGUUGGCAGCUCUUCCUAACUUGACCUUCAAAUUUUACUCAAAAAUUCUGAAAAAAUCCCUGGCGAUAUUUUCCUACAUUGGCAUCAUAACAACAACUUGCUUCUACCUAUUUUACACCUACACUAGCGACUCAAUCCACAUACACACCUGUCUCAUGUACUACCUGAUGUUAAUGGUCCUGUUUCUGUUUGUUGAGCAGCCUCUGGUGUGCGGAGUUAUCACCCUGAUAUACUCCCGUAGGCUCUGGUACGGAAUCAGUACUCCUGACUCACACUGUGAGACACUUCUCAACCACGGAGAGGCUGCUGGGAACCUCACUCAACAUCCUGAAAUCAGGACAUGGGAUCGUACUGUCAGCAAGCGACGUAAGAUGAACACUAUCAUCACAAAGUUGUUCAGCUAUAUUACUUUCAUUAUCAUCGUCGUGGUGUUGUCUAAACAGGAUCGUCAAACUAACUGCUACUACUUAAACAAGUCUGUUCGCAGUGUUUUUGCUACACCUGCCUUUGAUGCAAUUGAGACGAAUGAUAAUUUCUGGAGCUGGAUACAAAACGAUUACUCCUCAACCCUUUCUAGUGAAGACUUCUUUGAAGGAACACGAACUCGGCCGCCUAAAGAGAACUAUCUCAGGGACAGCAGCUCUUUCAUUAUUUCCAUUUCACGUCUGAAGCAAGUAAGAAUUAAACCCACCACCUGCUUAACCAACAAAAAGGAGCUGUGUAACGAAGGCUACAGCAGCUCACUGAUUGAAAAAACAAACUUUGAUCCAAGUUGGAAAGAACACACACCUGCAGCGGACAAUGCUUGGUUCUCUACCAUAAGAUACAAGUCUUACUGGGAGUAUAAAGAUGGUAAAGAUGGGGUGGCUGUCAAAGGGCACUCUGGUCUUUACCCUACUGGAGGGUAUCAAGUUCCCAUUGCUAAUUCUCCUAUCAAUGCCAAAAAACAACUGAAGAUGCUGGAACAAGAUGGAUGGAUUGAUGAACUGACCAGGGCCGUCUUGGUGGAAUUAUCAGUGUACAAUCCACCUACUGGUUUUCUGUGUACCGUCAAGCUUAUCACAGAAUUUUUGCCAACCGGUACUGCUGUAUCAGAUGUCCAAUUACAUUCUAUAAACUUUUUGAAGUACUCCAAACCCAUAACCCUCUCCAUAAUCCGAACGGAGCUGCUGUUCCUGAUAAGCCUGCUCAUCCUGACCGUCCACUACAUUUACCUCACGUACCAGGCUCACAGCGACGGUCACACCGUUUGGAGGGGGUUCUGGAGCUUGUUAGAUUCUGUUACACUCCUUGCUGGGUGGAUGAGCGUCGGUAUGUACAUCUACAGGUACAUAUACAUCCAAACUGCUAUUGCGCAGUUCCAAGCUACACCGUACUAUUAUAUUGACUUUCAUCGUGCUGCUGAAGUUGAUAUCUACUUUGGUUACUGCUUAGGUUCGUUGGUGUUUCUUGUUACUGUGAAGAUUGUUGACCUGACAAUUGCUCACGUCAAGAUAAAGCUGAUGACUCUUGUUAUUCACAACUCUCUUGUGGAACUGUCCUCUUUUAGUGUCCCGUUCUUCAUCUUGCUGGCUGUGUUCUCUCAAACCUUUUAUUUCUUGUACAGCUCCAGCAUGCCCGAGUUUUCCUUGCAAAACUCAUUCGGGAUGACACUUGCUUUCAUUCUCGGAGAGUACAACUGGGAUGCGAUGAUGAGGUUAAGACCGUAUCUGACACCAUUUCUUGGUUUGUUACUGGGUCUACUGUCCGUCACUUACCUAGCCAACAUGUUCGCAGUGAUCGUAUGUUACAACACCACAUAUAUCCGCAUGAACCCGCCUACCUCACAACACUUAGCUAUAUUCGGCUACCUCACCAAGACUAUCAAAAAUAUGGUCUUCUUCGUAGUGCCCUUGUUGGAUGAUCUCUACACUUUGGUUAAGAGGAACAUGCCUGGUGGAAGUGGAAAGUAUAAGAAUCCUUACUACAAAACGAUUUCCUCGGAAGGAGGAAGUAGCAAUGCUUCUCUUCACGCCUCUGAAGUAGAGAUUCAAAACGUACCAUCAACUAUUCCAACAGCUGGUCAGGAACAAAGCGAAAGUAUCAAAAGGAUGAGAUCAAAACUGAAGCGUCAAACCAGGACUCUGGGGGACUUGAACAAUCUGCUUAAUUGCGUGGAGUCUCGUCUUGAGAGAAUUACCGGUUGUUAAAAUGUUGGCAAUACAAGUUUUGACUGUUUAACAUUAUAAACGUUGUAGAAAUAUUAUUUGUCAGAUUUGAAGUAAGGAGGCAGGGGGUGUUUGAAGUUAUGGGCUUACUCCUGCUAUGAAGUUAUGAUCGAUAUUUAUUUAACAUCUAUUUUACAUUAAAUCAGUGAAAAGUAGAUCUUGGUAUUUUUUAAGUGGUUACCAAUCAAUUUCAACAUUCUCAAUUCAAACUCAUGACCCCUUAGCUGCCCCUCUUAACGUUGACACUAUAUUAGCUGGGAUAUGCUGUAAAAUGGAUCUUAUCCAUUUGUUAAAAACUAUCUUUAAGUUUUAAAUAUAAUUGAUAUUUUAUUAAUUGAUGAUUGCUAACUAAUAAAAUGAGUAACAAAUCGGUA